AUGGAAGCAGCAGGAGAGACACCGACUUCACUGGAGGAUUUCGUCCACCACAGCAUGAGGAGAAUGGACUCGCACGAGAAGAACAUUAAUGACACGGGUCGUACGGUUCAAGCUUUGGUAACGCAGGUGUCCGAGCUCACCCAGCAGAUCCAACUUCUUCGUGCUCCCACUGCGCCGCCCACACCAGCCGUUCCCCCCACAUCAUCGGACUUCGUCCCGUCACCUGAGCCACGCCUACCGGUUCCAGAGCCCUAUGCGGGUGAGUCAGGAUACUGCCGAGCAUUUUUAACCAGGUGUUCCAUGCAUUUCGCCCUACAGCCCAGAACAUUCCAGAGCGAGCAAGCCAAGGUGGCUUUCGUCAUCACUCUACUCACUGGAAAGGCGGCGCUAUGGGGAACGGCGGUGUGGGAGAAUCAAGACCCGUGCUGCGCCUCGUUCCAAGAUCUCUCCGCAGAGAUGAAACGAGUGUUCGACAGAGCCGUUGCGGGGAGAGAGGCCGCCAGGGUGCUGGCCGACCUUCGUCAGGGGGAGAGGUCGGUCUCUGACUUUUCCAUCGAGUUCUGA